UCUCCCUCAUUUUCCAAUCUUGUCUUAAUUACUCCCACCUUCCCCUCUCUCUCUCUAUCCAUCCGUUUCUCACUUUCUAAUUUUCUCCACCAAAUCCUCUCUCUCAAUUCAUGCUCAUUACAUAUUUAUCAUUUAGUAUAUAUAUGUCUGAUUUCCCGUCCGUUACCUUAUUCCAAAUAUUCUCCCGUUAUAAUUUUCUUAUAACAUCAACCAUAAGUCUUGCCUUUUUCUAUGCUAUUACUUAUAUACACCACCCUUCCCAUCUUCAUUUCCUUUAUAAUAUAUUCAUCAUAUAUCCAUUCUUCUUGGUAAUAUUACUCGCUAGCUCUCUCAUUACAAGUGAUUAUUUACUCAUGUGUUAAUGAUGGGAAUUAGUACUACUAGUUACUAUAGGAGUUAUUGAUUAUUGGUUUGUCAUUAAAUUUUUUGUUGAGUCUCAACAAAAGAGAGAUCAUCAAUGGAAUUUGCCACCGGUGGUGCUGCUUCCUCCAGCGGCGGUGACGCCUCUGACACUAACCGGAAAAAGAAACGUUUCCAUCGACACACAGCUCACCAAAUUCAAAGGCUUGAAACCGUGUUCAAAGAAUGUCCACAUCCAGACGAGAAGACUAGAUUGCAGUUAAGCAGAGAUUUGGGUUUGGCUCCUCGUCAAAUUAAGUUUUGGUUCCAAAAUAGGAGGACUCAAUUGAAGAGUCAACAUGAGCGAGCAGAUAAUUCGAUACUUCGAGCAGAAAAUGAUAGAAUUAGAUGUGAAAACAUAGCAAUAAGGGAAGCCAUCAAGAAUGUGAUAUGUCCAUCUUGUGGAGGUCCUCCAGUUUCUGAAGACACUUAUUUUGAUGAACAAAAAUUGAGAAUGGAGAAUUUGCAACUAAAAGAGGAGCUUGACAAAAUUUCAAGUAUUGCUGCCAACUAUAUGGGAAGGCCUAUUUCACAACUCCCACCAAUGCAACCUGGUCAUCUUUCCUCACUAAGCUUAAUGUCCAUGUCUAAUUUUGGACUAACCGUCCCUUCACUUGAUCUCGAUCUUCUCCCUGGAAGUUCGAUGAGUACUAUUCCAAGUUUACCAUGUCCCACAUUGAAUAUUUCAGACAUGGAUAAGUCCCUUAUGGCUGGUAUUGCUGGCAAUGCCAUGGAGGAACUGAUUAGGCUUUUACAAACUAACGAACCUUUGUGGACAAAGUCCACAGCUGAUGGCAGAGAUGUACUUAACCUCGAUAGCUAUGGCCAGAAUUUUCCAAAGGCUAACAGUUCAUUGAAAAAUCCAAAUGUUCGUAUUGAGGCUUCCAGGGAGUCAGGUGUUGUGAUCUUGAAUGGCUUAGCGUUAGUCGACAUGUUUAUGGACGCGAACAAAUGGGCGGAAUUCUUUCCAACAAUUGUUUCAAAGGCAAGAACACUUGAAGUAAUAUCAUGUGAUGUAAUGGGCAGUCGAAGUAGUACAUUACAAUUGAUGUAUGGAGAACUGCAAGUGCUUUCGCCAUUAGUCCCAACGCGACAAUUGUAUUUCCUACGGUUUUGCCAGCAGAUUGAGCCGGGCUCAUGGGCAAUUGUUGAUGUUUCCUAUGAUAUUACUCAAGAAAAUAUGUACCCUCCCUCUUCAUGCAAGGUUCAUAAGCUCCCAUCUGGUUGCUUGAUACAAGACAUGCCCAAUGGUUAUUCCAAGGUAACUUGGGUGGAACAUGUUGAAGUGGAAGAGAAAGGUUCAAUUCAUAGGCUAUAUAGAGAUCUUAUACAUAGUGGUAUGGCAUUUGGAACAGAGAGAUGGCUUGGUUCUCUGCAGAGGAUGUGUGAAAGAUAUGCUUGUCUUAUGGUUAGCGGCAACUCUUCUCGUGAACUUGGAGGAGUGAUUCCAUCACCAGAAGGGAAGAAGAGCAUGAUGAAAGUGGCUCAAAGAAUGGUUAGCAACUUCUGUGCCAGCAUAAGCCCAUCCAAUGGACACCAGUGGAACAACAUUUCUGCAUCGGACGAGUUUGAAGUCAGAGCCACCCUUCAAAAGAGCACCAAACCUGGCCAGCCCAAUGGCGUAGUCAUCAGUUCCGCUUCCACCAUUUGGCUCCCAGUUCUUCCCCAACAUGUCUUCAAUUUCCUUAGGGACGAAAGGACUCGACCUCAGUGGGAUGUUCUUUCCAACCAAAACCCAGUACAAGAGGUAGCUCACAUUGCAAAUGGCUCUCAUCCAGGGAACUGUAUUUCUGUGCUCAGGGCCUAUAAUACUAGCCAGAAUAACAUGCUGAUACUUCAAGAAAGUUGCAUAGACUCAUCAUGCUCACUAAUUGUCUACAGCCCGGUCGAAUUAUCGUCCAUCAAUAUAGUAAUGAGUGGUGAAGACACCACCUACAUCCCAUUGCUACCCUCGGGUUUUACGAUAUCGCCAGAUGGCCAACAAGACCGAGGGUCCCACGAGGCAUCUAACGGUACCAUGGGAGAUCACAACAGGGGAGGCGGUGGGUCACUAGUGACAGUAGUGUUCCAGAUAUUGGUGAGCAGUUUGUCAUCAUCAGCCAAAAUGAGCCCAGAAUCAGUAAGCACAGUUAAUAACCUUAUAGGCAACACUAUCCACCAAAUUAAAGCUGCCUUGAAUUGCUCCACUUCCUGAUCCAAUUUUUGAAUUUAAUUCAGCUGCUUCUGCUUCACUGCCAUUCUUUAAAUACACAGUACAGAUGAGAAGUUGGAUCAUGAAUUCAAUAAGGGAAAAGGGAAAGAGAUCUAUUUGGAGUUAGUUGAGAAUUAUGAAUGCUAUGCUUUCUUCAUCAAUACCUUAGUCCUAGAGCUGACACAAUGCUUAAUACAUCCAUAUGCCCCUGCUACUGCACCUGCCAAAAGCUUUAUUACAGUUUAACAACUCAUAGCUAGUUUCCCUUUCUUGUUUUUUGUUUUGAAAUUGUAUUUUUUUCUUCUCCAUUCUAUUUAAAAGGGGGAGUCAAGAACGCACCAUGCAUGUUUUCUCUAGAAAAAUCCUUUGGUAGGAAUUGUCUUUAAGUUUUAUUUUGUUCAAGCAAGAAAAUUGUAUGGUUCGGGUAUUGACUUUCUACACAUUAACUUUUUUUCAUCAAUCUAAUUAUCAUGUAGGGUAUCAUUUUCUCUCUA